UUUUUGUCUUUUGUAGUUUUUGAGCCUUCUGGGAAAAUAGAUUUAAAGUGUGACAUUUGAAUAUUUUGAUAGAGUUCAAAGACAUGUUUAUAUUUCAGGAAAAUGGAGGGAACUAGGCAGAGAGUUUAAGCAAUGUUUGAUGUAGUUUGUAUUUUCCUCCCAAACAAAAAGCUUGUUUAUGACCUAUGUUCUUUGUGAUUGAUGGAAAGGGAACAGAGUGUAAGGCUGUAAGAACUUGCAUCAGAUUAACUUUGGCAAGAUUCUGAUAGUUCUUGAUAAUUAAUUGUAGGCAAUUUCUGUCCAGUUAGUUUGUGUGGACCUCUUGGUUAAGGAAUUACACUGAUGGAGUUCUGACUCAUCCACACUGAUCCCUGUCUAUCAUCCAUCUACUACAUCUGGAAUUCUGUUCCCAAAUUGGAUCACUGUGUGAAAACAGCCAUGGCAGGCCUUAGCCCAGAGGGGAGCCAAAAGCCCCAGAGAAGGGCUCUUCACAGGAAUGAGACGUGGCACUGGGCUGUGGCUCUUUUCAGCUUUCUGGCAGCAAGUCUCUCGUUAGCAUGGGGUGCUGGGAUACACUUGGCUAAGGCAGCAGAAAACCUAAGAGGCAAACCCUUGAAGAAAACCCAGCUUUUGUGUCCAUGCCCAGAAUGCUGCAUUGCUAGUAUACAGCCAGUUGUAAAAGAAAGAAAUCAAACCCAAAUAUGGAGGCAGGUUUCUUUGUGCUUUCAUUUUCCUCUUUAAAGUUUUUCUGUCAAGCAGCUCUCACAGAGUAUUGUCCAGUGGCCACGCUUAAGGAAACUGUGUUUGAAAGAUUUUUAACUGAAGAUAUAAAACAUCAUUGAGAUUGUACCCUUCAUGAUCACAGUGGCUUCAGCAACCUAACCACUUAAGCAGGAGGAGGAAAGGAUUUGGUCCAUCCCUAGGGCCUUGCAGACUAACAGCCUUACUGGCCACAAGAAGUGGGGCUGAAUGUUGUCCUGGAACUUGAGUGUAUUGUUGCUGGUCAUUUGUUUCAUUCUGGUUGCCUUCUUCAGAAUGAUGCCCUGCAGAGCAGUGCUCACUUUUGCCCGAUGUCUGAUCCGGAGAAAAAUCGUCACUAUGGACAGUCUAGAAGAUUCCAAACUGUGCCGCUGCUUAACCACCAUGGACCUCAUUGCCCUGGGGGUUGGCAGCACUCUGGGUGCUGGGGUUUACGUCCUUGCUGGGGAAGUUGCCAAAGCGGAUUCUGGCCCCAGUAUUGUUGUGUCCUUCCUCAUUGCUGCCCUAGCAUCCGUGAUGGCUGGCCUUUGCUAUGCUGAGUUUGGAGCCCGAGUUCCCAAGACUGGGUCUGCCUAUUUGUACACUUACGUUACUGUCGGUGAGCUGUGGGCCUUCAUCACUGGCUGGAAUCUCAUUUUAUCUUAUGUCAUAGGUACAUCAAGUGUUGCAAGAGCAUGGAGUGGCACCUUUGAUGAACUGCUUAACAAACAGAUUGGUCAGUUUUUGAAGACAUACUUCAAAAUGAAUUAUACUGGCCUUGCGGAGUAUCCAGACUUUUUUGCUGUAUGUCUUAUAUUACUUCUGGCAGGUCUCCUGUCUUUUGGAGUAAAAGAAUCUGCUUGGGUGAAUAAAUUCUUCACAGCUGUUAAUAUCUUAGUCCUUCUCUUUGUCAUGGUUGCUGGGUUUGUGAAAGGAAAUGUGGCUAACUGGAAAAUCAGUGAAGAGUUUCUCAAAAAUAUAUCAGCAAGUGCCAGAGAGUCACCUUUUGAAAAUGGAACAAGUAUCUAUGGGGCUGGUGGCUUUAUGCCAUAUGGUUUUGCAGGAACCUUGGCUGGUGCUGCAACUUGUUUUUAUGCCUUUGUGGGAUUUGACUGCAUUGCAACAACUGGUGAAGAAGUCCGGAAUCCCCAGAAAGCUAUUCCUAUUGGAAUAGUGACUUCUUUGCUUGUUUGUUUUAUGGCCUACUUUGGAGUCUCUGCAGCUUUGACACUUAUGAUGCCAUACUACCUCCUUGAUGAAAAAAGUCCCCUUCCGGUAGCAUUUGAGUAUGUUGGAUGGGGCCCCGCCAAGUAUGUUGUUGCAGCAGGCUCCCUCUGUGCAUUGUCAACAAGUCUUCUUGGAUCCAUUUUCCCAAUGCCUCGUGUAAUCUAUGCUAUGGCGGAGGAUGGGUUGCUUUUCAAAUGCCUAGCUCAGAUCAAUUCCAAAACGAAGACACCAGUAAUUGCUACUUUAUCAUCGGGUGCAGUGGCAGCUGUGAUGGCAUUUCUUUUUGACCUGAAAGCUCUCGUGGACAUGAUGUCCAUUGGCACACUUAUGGCCUACUCUCUGGUUGCAGCCUGUGUGCUCAUCCUCAGGUACCAGCCUGGUUUAUGUUAUGAGCACCCAAAAUAUUCCCCUGAGAAAGAAGAUCUGGGAUCAUGUACCACUGCCGACUCCAAAAGUGAGUCCCGGCUCACCAUGCUACAAGGACGGGGCUUCAGCCUGCGAACCCUCUUCAGCCCCUCUGCUCUGCCUACAAGACAGUCAGCAUCUCUUGUGAGCUUUCUGGUAGGAUUCCUAGCCUUUCUUGUGCUGGGCCUGAGUAUUCUGACCACUUAUGGAGUGCAAGCUAUCUCAAGGCUGGAAGCCUGGAGCCUCGCCCUUCUCAUGCUGUUUCUUGUUUUCUCCAUUGCUGUUGUUCUAACUAUUUGGAGGCAGCCACAGAAUCAGCAAAAAGUGGCCUUUAUGGUUCCAUUCUUACCAUUUUUGCCAGCUCUCAGCAUCCUGGUGAACAUUUAUCUGAUGGUGCAGUUGAGUGCAGACACUUGGGUCAGAUUCAGCAUUUGGAUGGCACUUGGCUUCUUGAUCUACUUUGCUUAUGGCAUUAGACACAGCCUGGAGGGUAACCCAAGGGAUGAAGAAGAUGAUGAAGAUGCUUGUUCAGACAACAUUAAUGCAGUGACAGAAGAAAAAUCUGCUAUUCAAACAAAUGACCAUCACCCAAGAAAUCUCAGUUUACCUUUCAUAUUCCAUGAAAAGACAAGCGAGUGCUAAUGCUUGCAGGAGCAGACCUGGUCCACAGUCUUAUCAUGCAUGUCCUACAUUGAGUAGACCCUGACAGAAUGUCAUGAUCAUGCUAGGUUGUCGUGGGUUUGCUGCAUACAUAAUUCACUCUAAUUUAUUCUUACUCAUCUAACCAGUAUUUCCUCAAAUGUUGAAUUAUGUGCCCUCCUGAGCUCUCUCCUCAGUGAUGAAUAUCCCCAAAAUAGUGUGAGAGUGUGUGUGUGGUUGGGAACAUGACUGUCACAAUUUAUUUGGUGUUUUACUGUUAUUAUGUGAUGUUAUUCCAGUCUUGUCACAACUGGUGGCGUAUCACUGAAAAGUGAUUUGUAUAUGCCCUAUGUGGUUGGGAAAAUAAUAGUUGCUUUUCCUUAUUACUGUACGCUUCAUUAAUGUCAGUUUAGACAUGGCUACAAGUGCACUUAGCCAUCAUGAUGUCUAACCUUGGACCAGGGGUUAGAGGAGGGGAUUAGAAAUGAGCAUUUUCUGGGCUGGAGAUUUAGCUCAGUGGUUCUGCCGCCUGCCUCGCAAGUGGAAGGUCCCAAGUUCGAUCCCCAGUACCAAAAAAAAUGCCACCAAUGGGGUUAGUACAAAUAUAUUUUCCUACGUGGUAUGACAGUUUGCUAAAACUUUAGCCAGGAAGAGCGUUUGCUUCUGCUGUACUAUAUAGGACAGAGUGCCAUUCCAUGUCAUCAUCAACAUCCUUUUGAACUCUUAUCUUUGUGCCAGUGGUCCUUAAAUACGAGCCCUUCACCUGCUGUGAAUGAUGUAUCACCUCCACCAGUCAGGGCUGGAGAGAGAUACUGUGACCCAUGGGGGACCCUUAAAGUUAGAUCAUGAAGGUGGUUCCCAUAGUCCAAACACUGGUGUCAGUGGCCACACUGAGGAUGUGUUUGAAAAAUCAGAGUUAGGGAUAUUCUUGGAUAGGUGGACAUCCGAUAUCCCUCUUAAAGUUACUUAAACUAGUAAAUCUCCCAAACCAUACAGAUGAUAGAAUGAUCCAUACUUUUUUCUAUCUCUUCACACCUCAUCAUGGUUAAUCUUUUUUAAUCUCAUUAGGCACAAAAUUCACUUCUUUGUUUCUUUUACUUUGUUUUAUUGUAGAUGUGAGGGGAUGCAGAAGUGGUUUCUGUUUUUACAGUGUGAAAAAGAGGAAAAGAUGGAGGAAUGUAAGAAAAGUUACCGUAUUCUGAUGUUAAAGUGUCUACCCAGGCAUUAAAGAGCUCUUUGCCAGGGAUUUAGCUCGGUGGUUUCGCCGCCUGCUGCACAAGUGCAAGGACCCUAGUUUGAUCCCUGGUACCAAAAAAAUAAAAAAUAAAAAAAAGAGCUCUUUGCCCAAUUUAAGGGAUUCAGAUCUAAUUUGCCUCUGAUGUUCUUUUGGAAACAGGCAUGUUUUUCUCUCCCACCCAUAAAUCUUUAGCACUUUUUAUUUGAUUUGCUUUUAAAUGAGCAUACUAAGGCUAUUAAUACAAGCUCCAGUAUUCUACAAUAACUUAUCAAUAAGCGGGGAAAUAUUUUGGUUAAGAACAUGAUUACUUAAAACAUCAAGCUAAAAAGUUAACCAAAUUGAAUUAAAACUAUAUAAAUACAGUGAUCUUUGUAUAUCAGUAAAUAAAUUUUGCUAUGUAAGAUUCUCUAAUUGCUAUAUUUUAUUUUUAGUGGAUUAUUUAUCUCCAGUGUGUUUUUCUCUUCAUAUUUUCUACAAGUAGUUUAUUAGAUUAGGCUAGAAACUAGACACUUACAUGUGGGUGACAUUCCCAAAACACUAUGGGGAAUAUUACCAAGCAUGCUAGUUUAUCUUGUAAUCGAAAGGCAAGGAAAACAUCUGUUUUCUGACAAAUGAUCUAUGAGAUCAGUUACUUCACUGAUACUGUUAAAAUCCAAGUUGCAAUUACUUUGUGUAACCAAGAGUUUAUUGUGAUUAAAUAUCAGAUAAAUAGGUAGAGAGCCUGGGUUUCUGGCUGCUGCUGUUGUAGCAUCCCUGACGCAGGAUGUUAUUAACAUUCCACAAUUUCCAGAAUGCACAUGGUAAAAUCUGAAGCCCAGAAUUCUCUUUCAAGUUUGCUGUUUUACUGAAGAGGAAGAGUUGGAUAAGCAAGGGGUAAAAUAUUUUUGUAGGCGUGAUCACAAAUUUUUAGCAAUACACUGAGGACUCCUUUGAUUCUAUAAUCAGUCUAGAAUAAGGCCUUCACCCAGGAAAUAUGAGCAAUUUCAUAUAUGAAUAUUUAAAUCUGUAACAAAAUACAAGAUUUUAGCAUGUGAUGGCAGCUAAAACUAUUAUGCCCACUGUUUUCAGUUAGGAGCAGAAUUAAGUUAAAAACUCUUUUUUCCAUAUUCAAACACUUUACAUACGUGGAUAUUUAUGAAGAGAUGCUUUGUUGGUGACCAUAGGUUUUGUUUCUAUGGAGACUCAAAUAAAUAUGCAUGUUGUAUGUAUGUAAACAUGUUUAUAUAUGUGAUGUGUGUAUAAGUGAACGUGUUUCAAGUAUCAGUGUAAGUUGGGUUUAUGAUGGCCUUUGGAUGUGAUGUUAUGUGGACAAAAAAUCAAUUUAUAUGGAGAAAAAUUAAUGUUUUAUAUUGAUAUAUAUUUUAGGUUAUAAACUAUUUUAAAAUAUAUAAUUUUAUAUGUACAUUUUCUAUAGGUAGAUUCUUUAAGAAAUAUUUUUCAUGUUUCUAAUAUAAAAUCACCUAGUACAUAACAGGUGCUUUAUAAUCUGAAUGAAGUAGGGGUAGGAGACAUUAGGGUAUUCCUGUUUACUUGUUUCUGUUGCAUCUUUUCUUACAUACUCACCCUGAUGUUUGUUAGUGAAACCCAGCUUUUUUGCCACCUCUCUAUUGCUGCAUUUUGCUUUAUAACUCUUUGAACAAAAUGUUUUUACUUUUUUAGGGUUACCAGAAUGUUUUGUAUAUAGAUUUGACUAGUAAUCAAAAUUAAAUAAAUUCUUCUGUAAAAAUUUUAAAUACUUGUGUACACAUUCUUUUAAUUGUGAUUGAGUAAAAUCAGCAUACAUUACUCUUCUUUGUUAAGCUGGGAACUGUGCUCUUAGCAUUUUUAGUGAGAACUUCUCAUAAUAGCAUUUUAAUUUGAUACUCUUAAAAAAGAAUCAUUUGUGGGCCGGGGAUUUAGCUCAGUGGGUUUGCUGCCUGCUGCAACCCAAGUUCGAUCCCAUGUACCAAAAAAAAAAAAAGAAUCAUUUGUGAAUUACCAUAUAAUUACUAUAUAACCCUACAGUUACAAGGUGUCUAUGCAAACUCAAGUUUUAAAACUCUUAAUAAAAACUUACAGGAACCUUUGAUAUAUACUAAAAUACAUAUUAUUGCAAAAUCAUGUUUUCCCCAGAGAUAAAUUCGGGAAACUAAGAAUAGUAUAUUAUUUGAAUAUCUCAAUGGUGAUAUGUAAAAUUUUACUAUUACCAACCAUAGUUAACAAAAACUAGUUUCUGAAUUAUCUUUCCUUUUUUUUGGUAUUGGAGAUCGAACUCAGGACCUUGUGCUUGGGAGGUAGGUGGCAGUACCACUGAGCGAAAAAUCCCCAGGGCCUGAAUUAUCUUUAAAAGGAUGAGAGCCUGUCUUCUUUUAAUUUGUAUGAAUAAAAUAUUUUUAAAACUAUCUCUUAUUUUAAAUGUUAGCCAAAAUGUUUUCUAAGUCCUACGUAUUUGCAAGUAGUUCUUCAAAAAAUGUUUUUAAUAAAACACUUUGACUUAGAGCCUGUUUUUUACAGAAUUGUUUUCUAAAUUUAUUUGAGCACUUAACAGGGAGAAUAAGGAGAAGUAAUUAUCCUCCAGUGCUAAUGACAACAGAGGGAGCACCUGAGCCUUAUUUUCUCUUUUAAAUUUGGGCAUAUCAUGAGAUUUCAAAAUACAUGAUAGAUUGUCCCGAGAUUCUGUCUGGCUCACCCUCCCUUGUAGUGGUUGUUAUCCAUGAUUUCUCCUGAUAGGAAUCAAGUAACAUUCAACACCAAAAGUAUAAUUUCCACAGGCCUGCAAAGGAUUGGAUUUAGAGUGUGCAUGAUGGAUUAUUAGAAAACAUGAAGUCAUGUGAUUAGUGUGAUUUUUGGUGGGGUGAGUGAAAUUAUCCUUUUCACUAGUGCCAAAACAGUGCCUUCUUUGUACAUUUUCUACUUCAUAAAGUUCUUUAAUAUUCUUAGAAAUCAAGGGGGAAGUACUGAAGUUCAUGUAGUAAAUAAAGCCAGCAAAGGUCAAUUCUUUGGUCAUAAAAAUACGAAAAUAAGGUUGUUUGAAUUUGUUAUUUAGCCAAGGCUUAUUUUUCCUUGUAUAAUUAUAUUUAAACACUUUAAAAUACCUUUCUGGAUUUCGAGAGGUUUGAUCUGUUAUUGUUGUAGUUGGUUUGGGUGUUGACUUUUGUAAUACAAAUUGUUUAUGUGUACACAUUGUAGUCUUAUUACAGAUGGGUAGCUCAACCCACUUGUAACACUGUUUGUUGAGAGCAUUCUGCUUGGAGGUUAUUCAGCAUGCCUGAAACCAGUGCCACAGUCUGGGCUUAAAGACCCUUCUCUGAGCAUUGCCACCACCACGGAGAUCAAAAUCAGGGCCUCAGACUGGCUCUGGGGUCUGGCAGCCUGCAAUGUGUGAGCAUUUAUAGCUACUGAUUGGUGUAGUAGAUCUUUAGAAUGACAGGGUAAAAUAUGAAGUAAGAGACUUCAAAUGAAAAUGAGGUCAUUUGGGGUCCUCAGUUUCAGCUCUCAAUAUCCCAUGAGUAUGGCAAGAUGAAUAAGGACCAAGGAACAUCUGUGGCUCAUGGAAGAGAUGGCUGCUGCUUGGAACUGGCAUAGCAGAGCCUGGCCUGCUGCACUUCCUAGACACGCAGCCAGCCUUCUGGUGCCCAGGGCAUGUCCAAGACCCAGUUGGUAAAUAACUUUACUCCUGUCAACAAGGGUUGGUUUCUGGCCCACACCUGACUGAUGACCCUUUGUUUUUCAUAUCCACUAGUGGUGCCCAGUUCUUUUCUUUUAUUGCUUUGUUGUCAUUGUACAUAGUAGAAAUUGUUCAUAGAGCCUAAACUAUACAGAAAUUGUGUCUGUAAAAACCAGCAAAUACAAGGGACUUGUGUGAACAUAAAAAUCUUUUGUUUAGUAAGUGAUUUUAAAUUUAAUGUUUUCAAUGAUAAUCAGUGUUUCUUUUUACUUAUAAAGUUGGAUUCUUUUUUAGAAUUUGUAAUAAAAAACUAUUGCUCUUUUAACCUCUGUAAAAUAUGCUUUUUGAUGUGACCAUGUAUUUUUAAAUAAACUUUAAUAUGACUUAUAA